UGAGAAGCCAGCUGGAACGAGUGCGUGAUUGCUCAGGAAGUGUUUUUGUGUGUUCUUUCAUUUUGCACCAUUUUUUCUUUCACACCCAUUUUCACGCGACUGCCUUUUGGGGGAGAGAAAAUAUAGUCAUAAAAGCCUGUGAAACUAUGUGAAAUUCGCGAGCGGCAAUUUAGGGAAAAGAAGAAGUGAAAAGCGCACAAGAAGAGAUGUUCUGCUGGGGCUUUUUCGCCGUGAGACAAUAAAGUCGACAGAGAGAAAGUUUGUGCUCGAGUCGCGUGAGGUGGGAAAAAUUCCAAGAAGCAUGAUCACGGAUGAUAGCCUGAGUGAUGAGGUGUUCGAGGACGAGUCGGCGGCCAGGUACAAAAUCAACAAGAACUCCAAUUUGAAUGUGGACGACGAGGAAUUUCGAACACCCUCGCCGUCUGGCUAUCCGGGCUACAAACCGCCAGCCGAGGCGCUUCGCAUGUACGGCCUCGAAAAUGGGGUGGAGAACGACGAUUGGAAGUCGUACAAAAUCGAGGAUGACGACAAUACUAAGGAAUUCGAUGAGAAUCUCACGCACAAGACGAUCCUUUUGGGGGAUUCUGGCGUGGGGAAGACUUCCCUGCUUGUGCAGUACAACUUUGGAGAGUUCAAGCCAGGAGCUUUCUCAGCCACCGUUGGCAUAGCACUGACCAACAAAAUCGUGACGGUGGAUCAGGUGAGGGUGAAGCUCCAGAUUUGGGACACAGCCGGCCAAGAGCGCUUCAGAAGUGUGACUCACGCCUACUAUAGGGAUGCCCACGCUCUUCUCCUCCUCUACGACGUAACGAACAAAGUCACCUUUGACAAUACACGUGCCUGGCUAGUCGAAAUCCGAGAGUACGCUCAAGAGGACGUCGUUAUUAUGUUGCUUGGAAAUAAAUCCGAUUGCGGGGCUGAGCGUGAGGUGAAGAAGGAGGAGGGCGAGCGUUUGGCGCGCGAAUAUAAUGUGGGAUUCCUCGAGACGUCGGCCAAGACAGGACUCAAUGUAGACUUAGCUUUUCUUGCUGUUGCAAGACAAUUAAAGAGUCGAAAGUCUGAAUUUGCAGCUGCCGAUGAUGCCAAGUUCAAUGUUCAGGAGUACGUGCGUGAGCACGCUCAGAGGCCAACGUGUCCCAGUUGUAUAUGAAAUAUUGUCUAAAACCUCUCAACGGGCAUAUCAAGGAGAUUUUGUGCAGGGAAGAAAUUCCUGAUGGUGAACAAUCAUUAGAGAGCGUGAGAAUCACACGCGUUGGAAAUAUUGGUAUAUUAAGAAGAUUAGUGUGUUUGAUGAAUUCUUCGAAGAGGAAAGCUUUAAAUGGACAAAGACGUUUAACAUUCAGUAGCAUUUUGUGCACUGGAAUAUAAUUGUGCAAUCUAUAGUGGAAUUUCUAUCAUGUUUAUCUAACGAGCGCGGCUCUUUGAAAUUCUAAUUGACCCAGCAAUGGCGACGACUCAGGCGUUGUCAGUCCUCAAUCUCUCUCUUCCCAUCUCACCUGGACCACUGUGUAAAGAAAAAAAACCGUAGCUGUACUUGAUGGGAAGUUGCGCGGAGCUUUCGGAAUCCGCGAGAUUGUUUUAGGUGUAAAUAAUUUAAGGGAGAAAAGGGUGAAAUAUUGUACCAAAAGGGAAAUCAAAAUCGCGCCGUUCGCCUGAAAUACUUUGUGAAAUGGAUAUAAAAUGUCUGUAUAUUUUUGUGCGUAUCGCCUAAAAGCCCCGAAACUAGAUCAUUUCAUUCCACGGACUGUUCUUUGAGCAAUUUCCUUACGUGUGAAUAAAUUUCCCAUCAACAGGGGGAGAGAAAAGCACGGGCGAAUCUUUCACCUUUCUCCAUAUCUUUAGAAUAUUUGUCACAGAAAUAUGCUACGAAAUUGCUCAUUUCCCGGGGUGAAAUGCGUGUGGUAUUUGAUUAUAUAUAGAUUUGGCAGUUAUCGGAGGAUUUGUAUAGUAAAAUUUACAAUAAAUAUGGGCUGAACAUGGAAAGGAACACAAUUUCGUAGUUUGCAGCGAUGAAUAGUGUAAAUUAGAUGAGAUGUAGAAGAUUCUCGCUUGAAGAGUUGUAAUGAAAAUAUGACAAAUAAAUAUUUAUUGUACAA